UUGAUUGUCACUGAUUACAGGAAUCUUUUUUAUUUGUUUGCUGUAAUACUGGCAGAACUUCAGUGCGAUGUUACAACGUGUUUACUCCAAAUUUCCUAACCCUGGAAAUCUGCCCUGAAUAAUUAUUAACUACCUCCAACGAGCCGACAUUUUUAUUCUAAUCCACUGUGCAACUUUCUUAUUUCUGACAAAAUGUGUGUGAGGUAUCUGGGAUUAUUUCUACUUCUGGCUUGGCUUCCAGACCUUCUACAGGCGGAGCUGCCUUGUAGCCCCCCUGAACUCCCUGACGGCUAUUUUGUCCCAGAGAAAAAUACAUAUCCUCAUGGAGAAACACUGACUUAUAGCUGUGAAGCUGACUUUAAACCAGUGGUGGAAGGCUGGUGGGCAACAAGCAAAUGUCAGAACGGCAAAUGGUCUCAUACCCCUCAGUGUAUAGAUAAAAACUCCUGCCUUCCACCAACUAUUCCCAAUGGAAAAUUAGAGGAAAUGGCAACAUCUCAAAAUGGUUGGUAUGAAGAGAACCUGAACAUCCGGGUAACCUGUGAAGAUGGGUUUUCUCUGAAGGGCAACCCCAGAACAGCCAGAUGCCAAAAUGGAGAAUGGUAUCUGCCUGUUUGUGAAAAAAGUCUUCCUGUCUGCAGUGAGCCCCCUAAAAGACUCAAUGCCAUCGUCAUUAAUCAGCGCUAUCAGGAGGUGUUUUCUUUAGAUACACAGGUGGAAUAUCAGUGCAAAGAUGGAUAUACAACAGAGCAAGGAGCCACCAACAAGUCUGUCUUUUGUAGAGCUGGAGGAUGGACAGAGGGUCCAACAUGUAAACGGCCAAGUGCUUGUGGCCGACCCCCAAAAAUCCCCAAUGCUGUCAUCCUUCAGAACCAACAUCAGGAACUGUUUGAUGAAUAUUCAAAAGCGGUCUACUAUUGUAAAGAUGGAUUUCUCACAGAGGAUGAGGAACGCAUGAAAAUUGUUAGAUGUAUAUUUGGAAACUGGACUGCUGGCCCAACUUGCACACCUUCUACAAGACUUGGAACAAGGGUCACUGAACCCUCUUCCAUACCCAUUGUUAAGUGUGGAUCCCAUCCUGUUGUUCGAAAUGGAGAGCCUCUGGUAUAUCGGAGUGAUCAGUUGAAGUACACUUGCACAAGAUAUUACAAGUUGGUGGGUCCUGAGAUAGUAAGAUGCAGGAGUGAUUUAACAUGGUCUGAACUUCCCAGAUGUAAAGAGAACUACUGUCUUCUAAGAAAUGGAGCUUAUGAGGAACUAAUAUUAACCAGAGAUGAAUACAUCCUAAAUAAUGAACAAAAGGAGUUUGAUUGUCUCUCUGACAAGUACUGGUAUUAUAAUUAUUCUGUGGUUCGAUGCAUUGAUCAGAAACUGCAUGUAUCCAGAUGUUGCAACAGGGCACAGAUCAAUUUAAGAAUGUGCUGAGAUUCUACCAUGAGGGAAAGAUCUGGAUCCAUUCUGCUGAUUGACUGAGGAAAAAAAGGAAGGACGGAUCAAUUAAUUACAGCAUCAGGUUGACUUCACGGCUACCCACCGAGCUGAGCUCCCAUUCUGCUUUAAUAUGGCAAUAAAGUUCAAUCUUUCCCUGUU